GCUGAGCGGACCGGGCCCUCCGGGCGCCGGAGAAGGGCAGACAUGACCCGGCCCGGGCGCUGGGCCCUCCUGCUGCUGUGCCUGCUACGGCCCGCUGGAGGGAGGCCCCCCCUGGCCCCUCCCCAGAACGUGACGCUGCUCUCCCGGGACUUCGGCGUGUACCUGACGUGGCUCCCCGGGCCAGGCAACCCCCAGGACGUGACCUAUCGAGUGGCCUAUCAGAGCUUCCUGGCAACCCCCAGACGGUGGCGGAAGGUGAGAAGGUGCACCCCAACCACAGAGCUGACGUGCUCCCUGAUGUGCCUGGAGAAGCAGGACCUGUUCAACAAGUUCAAGGGCCGUGUGCAGGCGGUUGCCCCCGGCGCCAGGUCCCCCUGGGUGGAGUCCAAGUACCUGGAGUACCUUUUUGAAGUGGAGCCGGCCCCACCCAUCCUGGUGGUCACUCAGACAGAGGAGGUCCUGAAGGUCAAUGCUACCUACCAGCUGCCCCCCUGCAUGCCCCCGUCGGACCUGAAGUACCAAGUGGAUUUCUGGAAGGAGGGGACUGGGAACAAGACCCAGUUUCCAGAGACCUCCCAUGGCCAGCCAGUCCAGAUCCCCCUGCAGGCGGAUGCCAGAGGGUACCACUGCCUCAGCGCCAGGACCAUCUACGCCUUCGGUGACCCUAAAUGGAGCGAGUUCUCCGAGCCCACCUGCUUCUCCCUGGGGACCCCAGGAGUCCACUGGGCACUCCUGGCGCUACCGCCGCUGCUGCUGCUGCUGCUGGUCAUCGCCAUGGGCUGCGUGAUCUGGAGGAGCUUCCCCGGGAACCCCUGGUUCCAGCGGGCGAAGAUGCCCCGGGCUCUGGACUUUUCUGGACACAGAUACCCCGCGGCAACCUUCCAGCCCAGUGGCCCGGAGACUCUGGAGGGCUUGACCCUCUGUCCCCAGAAGGAACUGGCCAGAAGGGUCAGGCUGACCCCGAGAGGCAGGGCCGCAGCCACCACUCAGGCUGGGCCAGAGGACGGUGCCGAGGACGAGGAGGAGGAGGAGGAGGAGGAGGAUGACAACGUCAUCGUCCAGCCCUACCUCGUGCCCCCCGGUUUCCUGGAGCAGGAGCACCAGGCCCCGGGGCGCCCGGAGGCAGGCGACCAGGCCGAAGGCUGUCCUGCUUGCGAUGCUUCCGACGGCAGCGGGGCCAGCGCCGGCGGCUCCUCCCUCCUGGAGGAGGCCGGGUCCUCGGGCUACGUGGCCAAGAAGGCACCGGGCAGAGGGCCGGGCGGGAGCAGGUGCCUGGAGCCCCUCCCGGCCCCCGAGUCCUCCCAGGACAUGGGUUCCCUGGAGGAGCUCCAGGAGAGCAGCAUCUCCUGGGCCAGCUGGGGUUCCCCCACACCGAGGCGGGAGCUCGUCCCCGGGGAGCCUCACGUCUCUCUCCGGACACUGACCUUCUCCUGGGACAGCAACGCCGCCGAGGAGGAGGAGGAGGAGGAGGAGGAAGGGGAGGAAGAGGAGGAGGAUGGAGGGGAAUCAGAAACUGAGGACAGAGGUGCUGGAAGCUGGGGGACAGGAGCCAGGAGUAGGACGCUGGGACAUUACAUGGCCAGGUGAGCUGUCCCCCGGCUUCCUGCCGAAUCUGGUGCUACUGAGCCUCCUGGAGGUGCCACGGAGCCUGGGAGCCUGGGAGCGUGGUCCGGGGCAGCCCUGGUUCCCGCAGCGCCCCCGGACCCCGGCGGGAGGCUGUCUGCGGGCCGGGCUGAGCAGUAAGAAGCCACCCCUCCCGCGGCCCCGCGGCCCUGGGCUGAGCCACAAGCGGACUAGAGGACAGGAUGGGCCCCCGGACAACACGAAGCAGGUGAGACCAGGUCAGAGCAGGCAUCUGGGGCGACACCACCGGGGCCGUCUGGGGUGGGGAGAGGACACUCGGAGGCACCGCUGUGUCAGCCUCCUCCCCGAGGCUGGGCCUCCAGACGCAUGAGCCCCCUCGGGGGGGUCCCGGGAGGAAAGAUCUAGCUGGCAGAGGGUGCUGGAGGGGAAGGGAGAGGGCGGCCGUCAUUCAAAUCCCAGUCUCCAGCCUGGAAUCGCACAGGUGUACCCUCAGGUAGACCAGAGUCCGAAACCCGGUUCUUCCACUUCCUGGUUGGGUGGCCGCUCUCCUCCUCCUGGGUUUCCUCGUCUGCGACUCCCACCUGGGCAUGGGGAGGGGGGCGGGUCCUGAGAGAGAGGGGCGUGCGACACGGCCUGCUCCCUCUUCUCUCUCGGUGGCUGGUAGGAUUCUCCACCUGCCCAGGCUCUGAGGGGACCUCUGGGCAUCUCCCAGCUGUGACCUUGGACUCAGCACCGGGAAGCAUUCACCUCAGCUUGUCUAACCUCUCAUCUACCUCAUGUCUCCCACCCUCCCGGUCUGCACCUCCUGGUCAAGGAAUGGAGCUCGCAGAAGCCAGAAGCCAGCCGAGGGGGACCUCCCUCUCCCCAGUGAAAAAGCAAAUGGUCCAUC